UCAAAGAUGGGACACUCAAAUACAAAGGCAGCACUCUUCAAGAGCGUUAUAAAGGAAGCAGACACUUGAAACUGCCGACAGAGGAACAUCUUGACAUUUUGUUACAUAACGCUCUCAUACAGAAAUCAUAACGCAUCCGUUUUCAUCAGUCCGCUGAUGAUGAAGAAGAUGAUGGUCAGGAGAAAAUGACAGCUCCUGUGUUCACAAUAGUGAUUCCAUCUUCGCUCAACAUCACCCAAGCACCCAACAUGAAUCAAACUUGUGAGGAAAGUGAAGAUUUCAAAUAUUUGGCGUACAAAGUCACGUACAGUGUCGUAUUCCCUAUCGGAUUUAUCAGCAACUCUGUGGCUUUGUUUGUGUUCUUGCGUCUUACUAAAAAAGGGACGCCCAACACUGUAUUUAUGACUAACUUGGCUAUUUCAGAUGUUGGCUUCUCCUUGACGUUGCCCUUCCGUCUGGUCUACUAUUUUAGGGGCGGUCAAUGGGAUUUUUCAGACUGGUUUUGCCGCUGGUGUGUAUUUUCCUUUUAUGUCAACCUGUACACAAGUGUACUGUUUCUUACAGGCCUUAGCGUACUACGCUACAUCGCCAUAGUUCAGUCCCUACGCCACAGCACACUCGUUACGGUGCGGAAAGCAAAAAUAUCAUGCGUUGCGAUCUGGAUUUUUGUGGCUGGCUUAUCAACGCCAUUCCUCUUUACAGGAACUACAGAGCGGGAGAACAAGACACGUUGUUUUGAACCGGGGAACAGCAGCUCAUGGAAUCGCAUAUUUAUCUUGAAUUAUGUGGGGAUUUCGUUUGGAUUUGUCAUUCCAUUUAUUAUAAUUCUCGUCUGCUACAGCUCCAUCAUUUGCAAACUCAUCAAAGGACGGAAAAUCAGGAGAAAAGGUGGACGCAAGCAGCGACGUGCAGUGUAUUUGAUCGCCGUUGUUCUGAGCACAUUCCUGCUGUGUUUCCUACCAUAUCACGUCAUUCGCACAGUCCAUCUUCAUGCCAAGGUUUUAGAAGGGCGCUGCCAGGUCAUUGAGUUCCUCGUGAAAGUUCUGGUCAUCUCGUUGUGCAUGGCAUCAUUCAACAGUUGCUUCAACCCCUUGUUGUACUACUUUGCGGGAGAGACUUUCCGCAAAAAAAUCCAUAGAGCGUCAGUUAGUUCACUCAACAAUAGUGGUAUUUAUUCAACUAUUCUAUGGCGAAGUCAAAGGAGCUUCAAAAGAAACCAACAUAAACCUGAUGUCUGCAAUUCUGAAAAGCAAUACAAACUGUCUGACUCUGAAGAAAAGCAAGUCUGUAAUGAUUUGCAGUAGUAAAAGAUCCAAAGAUACACUUCAUGAAGACAAAGAAAUCUGAGUGUAUAGAGUAAAUGUCUUCCUACUGUUGCCUUGAAAAAGUGUACUUGUAGUACUUGUCUGUUUUUCUAUUUCCUUUUUUUAGGUUCUCAACUAAAAGACUGAAAUUUUAAAGAUGUUGUGCAUUAGAUAGAGUGUGGAUAAAUAUCACACAGCCUCAGGAAUGGGUCAUAUUUUGAUUUGUGCAUUUGGCAAAUGCAUGUAUCCAAGGUAAACUGCAUCCUUGACAAGUUCUUGCAAGAUUCAUCCGGGUACGCUCUUAAAAAUAAUGGGUGUUUUGCAGCUUUGCCAUACAAGAACCAUUUUAGUUUCCUCCCCACAAAAAUAAAACUUUCAGUAAACAAGAACCGUUCUUCUUAGUAUGAAGAACAUUAGUACAAAAAAAACAUAGCGACCCAAGUGGUCAGAAUGAAAAUCACUCCAAGCUACAAUACAAAAAAUGGUAAUUGGCGUCCAAAAUGUUGUGUAAUAAAAAACAGGACAUGCAAAAGGUGCAAAUAAAAACAGGUGUUGCAACAGCCGUUGCAUAAUUAAACCAAAGGCUAUCGUUAAACAGUCUUCAGACGUCUCAGUCUGAAGCAGAAUGCUUUUUUUUUUUUGUAACAUUA